CUUGGCGUUCGGCGCGUCGUGAUUGGCUGCAGAGAAACCAUGCGGGGCUCUCAUUGGCUGAGGCGCACAUGCGGGGCUCGCGGGCUCCUGAAAAGAGUGGGAAGCGGCGAGCGGGAGUUGGCUUAGUCUUCGCUGAGCUGCGAGGAGAGAGGAAGCGGAGUCAUGGCGUCGCUCUCGGAUUUCCUCGAAAGCAAGCGAGGCCGAGGCCCGCGGAGAAGCCCUUUCGUGGGCCGCCAUCCCCGGGAAGGGAAGGGGCGAGGAGCAAGCGCUCCCUCAGACUCAGACCUUAAGAAUUCAGGGAGACUCUAUGAUGACUACACUUCGAAAGUGACUUUAGAUUGUGAAGAAAAGACUCCUCUGAGGAGUUUUGAAAAACCGAGAAGGUUGAAAAAUGUGAAAAAACAAGCCUUUAAAGAACAAACCAGGGAUUCUAACAGGAGUCCAGUUGACCAUAAGAUUUUGGACACAUCUAUAAUAGAUAUGGACAGCAAAAUUAAUAAACGCAUAGAAAAUGCUUUGGAAGAAGCUGAAAACAACAUUGAGCAUUUAAAUACUAUGGAGGAGGUUCUUCAACAGUUGAUUAUGGAAGCAAAGUGGGAAGAAGUCAGGACUGCAGAAGUUAUAAAUGCCCAGUUUGCACGCUUGGCUGCAUCUCUACAUUCAAGGAAAAGAAAACUAGAGGCAGAGCUGGUAAUGAACACCAGUUUCUAUGUAACAGAUGUUCACGGUGUCCAGGUUUCAAUUGCACAGAAAAAAAGCAUUUUGGAUGGUGCCAUAAAAAUAGCAACGCAGUUGAAAUCAACCAAUAAUGUAAAAUCUUGCCAUAGUUUAAAUCAGGUUCUCUGCAAAUUGAACAUGACAAUUGAGGAUGAGAUCUUAAAACUAGAUAAUCUGAAAAAAAGAGCACUUCCAUGUUUUUACAUGGAUUGUGAUGAGCUCACCUGUGUGUUUGAAAACAUGGGGAAACUCUCCUCUAGUAUUUUUAAUACGCCUGGUCUUGGAAGUAACCCUCUUAAACCAAGCGGUACGGAAGAGGAAUUCAGAAACAGUGCUGUAACGCAAGUAAAUGCAAAAUGUAAACCACUUUCUGAUGAUGAGUCUAUGGUCCUUUUCCUGCAAAACCCUGAUGUGUAUCCUGAAGGAAGUUGCACCUCAUUCCAAGAGAGAGCUCCAUCAUCCAUUCAGAAAUGCACUGGUGCUUUGCCACAAGUUGCAUCUUCCCCAGAUGUCAUAAUUGAAGAAAUAAUUGAAGAUGAUCAAGAAAACUGUCCUGAAGAUACACAUAAGAAAGUGUUUCCCCAAAAACAUCUGGUGCCAUUUGGACCAAAAGCAGAGUCUCCAGAAUUAGUUGUUGUCAGCUGUGUUCUAAAUCCUUGUCACUUCUAUGUUCGGAAGGUUUCACAAAAGAAAAUUGCAGUUGAUUUGGAAAAAAAACUGAGACAGUUCUGUAAUAAUAAUCGUACAUCUCCUAAUGACAUUUUGGAACUUGGCACAAGAAUCUUUGUUGAAAGUAAAGAACAUGGAAUGUGGUGUCGUGCCAAAAUAGUUGAACUAAUUCCACUACAGAAUGCAAAUGAGGGAAAACCCUGUCGUCCAAAUAAGUGCAGAAUUUGUGACAUUGCAAUGAUGAAAGUUUUUCUUACAGACUUUGGACAUCUAGAAGUUUUCAUUGUUUCAGAAGAACCUAAUGAAGUUAUUAUGGAUGAAGAACAAGAUACUUUAGAAUAUAUGGUGUCUGAAGAUUUAUGUAUGGUUGUAAGGAAACCUGAUUUACGUAUAGAUGCACAACUUAGUGGUAUAAGUAAGCUAGCAUUGCAGUGUUCCCUGAAGGACAUAGUUCCCCAGGAUUCAAAUGAAGGUUGGACAAAAGCAGCAAGAACAGAAUUUCUAAAAAUGAUCAAUAACAAAUCUGUUUUAAUGAAAGUAUUCAGAGAACAGGAUGGCGUGCUUAUUGUAGAUCUGAUGAAACCUGCGGCGAUCAAGAUAAAUAGUGACAUGCCUGUAUCCCUCAGAGAUGCUCUAGUAUUUAUGGAGUUAGCAACAUUUCGCCCUCAAUUUUUUGAUCAGUCUGAAAGUACUGUACCACUGCAGUACUGUCUACCUCUGAUGCCAGAAGCAAAUUCAGCAUUUUCAGUUGUUGUGAGUUACAUUAAUAAUCCUGGUGACUUUUACAUUCAAUUGCUGGAACAGGGUCCAGAAUUUGCAGCAUUUCUGAGCAAACUUGACGAACAAUAUAAAUGUGAAGAUGGAGUUGACUUGGAAAUCCUCUGUCCCGUUCAAGGUCAGCCAUGUGUAGCAAAAUUUGAAGAUGGAGUAUGGUACAGAGCACAGGUAGUUGGUUUGUUAGGCCAUCAAAAAGUGGAAGUUAAAUACGUUGACUUUGGCAAUACUGCUAAAAUAAAUGUGAAAGAAAUGCGUAAAAUCAAAGAUGACUUUUUAGCCCUUCCAGAAAAAGCAAUUAGGUGCAAGUUGGCUCAUAUUGCACCAUUUGAACAAAACGAAUGGAGUAGUAAAUCAAAGGACAGAUUUGAAGAACUGACUGAAGAUAAAUGUAUGCUCUGUUUUGUUACUGAGAAAUCUCAGGAUGAUGUACUUUUAGUUGAGCUCUAUGACAGCAAGUGUAUAUCCCCAGAACAGUCGCAUAGUGUUAACAGCCUCUUGGUUAAAGAAGACCUGGCUACUUCUAUAGCAAGCAACACCAAAGAGACCACCAAACCUCGUAAUGAAGUAUGGGAUCCUUCUUUUGAAGAUAUCUUAAAAACAGGAAUAGAUGUAUUAACAUGUGAAAAUGAAGACUUGUCACAGGUUAAGGAUGUGGAAUUAGUCUGUGGCAAAGAACUGCAAGCAAGAAUUAGUCAUGUUAUAUCCCCAAGCAGGAUCUUUGUGAAUUUUGUGUCAUCAGAACAGAUUCUAAAAAGUUUACAGGAAAGGAUGACUGCUACUUACGUUGAGUCUAAGAGUGAAACAAUCCAGUGGACACUUGAUAUGCCUUGUGCUGCUUAUGUACAGGAACUGGAUCAGUGGCAUAGAAGCCGAAUUAGCAGGAUUGCUUCUGAAACAAUCAUGGAGGUGUUUCUCAUUGACCUUGGUAUAGUAAAAAAUGUUAACAUUGAGUAUUUAAGAAAACUUAACGAUGAUCUGAAGAAACCCACACCUUUAGCAGUGGAGUGCUCAUUAAUUGACAUAAGACCAGCUGGUGGGACGGAGCAGUGGACAGCAACGGCAUGUGAUGUUCUUGCCCGUUACUUAACAGGAGCUGUGGUGAACCUAAUAAUACAGGAGAAUAGUUCUUCACCAUUACCUGUGAAAAUAAUCAACAAAAAUGGAGGGCUGUGUACUGACAUCUCAGAAUACAUGAUUAAGGAAGGCCUGGCACUUAGGGAAAAAAGAGCACUGAAAUCUGAUGCAAGUACAGCAUCUUCUGCUGACCUAAAUAAAAUGACAGUCCAGCAAGAAAAAAAAGACACAGGUGGCUUCCUUACAGAAACAGACAGUCCUGCAGUUCCUUCUGAACCAGAGGAAAGCAUUACUUCUUCAAUUCGUAAAAAAGAAGAUGUAGAAGAAUUUGUGGCUCAUCCUGUGAUCAUUGAGGCCUACAAGCCACCAGCUGUCCCAAGUUUGGACAACUUCAGUGCUAUAGUUAGCAGUGUUUCAGACGAUGGAACUAUUUUUGUGAUUCCAAAGUCACAAGAAGAACAGCUAAACAAAUUGAUGGAUGAUAUUCAGAGUAACUUCAAAUCCUUAGGCCUCCUGGAACCCUACAAUUGGAAAGUAGGAGAGGCUUGUGUUGUAAGAGCAGCAGAUACUUUGUGGUAUCGAGGUGAAGUGAGAGAAAUUGGUGGUGGAAUCAUCAGGGUACAAUAUGUGGAUUAUGGAUAUAUUGAAAGAAUUCCUCAGUGUCAUCUCUGCCCAACUGUUCUUUAUGCUGACAUACCUCCAUUUUCCAUACCAUGCCAGCUCUCUAAAGUUGUGCCAGUUGGAAGUGUUUGGCAGCAAGAUGCAGUUGAACUCCUUCAAGAACUUCUUACGAAAAGACUUGUUGAAAUACACGUUACGGAGCAGUCAGACGGCCUGUGUGGAAAAGUGUCCAUUAAACUCUAUUUUUCUGGAAUGUCACUGUCUUCCUUUAUGUCAUACCAUAAGCAUUGUGUUAAUGAAGAUGCUGCUGACAGUAUACCAAAACUGGAAAUAACUAAUGGUGAUGAAGAACAGUUGGAGGAAAAUUGUGACAUCAGUUAUGAGGAAUUAAUGCUGUCAGAAAUAGAUACUCCCCUUCUGCCUCCGUAUGUAUCACCACUGCUUCCAGUUCUUGGAGAACUCACACCAGUGAAAGUAACACAUGUGGUGUCACCUAAUGAGGUGUACAUUUCUGUUGAUCGGCCUGACAGUUCCGAGAUACAAAAUGAAAACGAGGAAACUCUCACGGAUGCCUUGCGUCAGUGUAAUCAGAACAUAGAAUCCAUUCCUUGUCUAUCUGAUUUUCGAAAAGGCAUGCCUUGCCUUGCCAAGUACCGAGAUGGGUCAUGGUAUCGAGCAGAAUUGCUCUCAAUUAGCGAGUUCCAGCCUCUUUCAAUUCUGGUGAAAUUUGUUGACUAUGGAUCAACAGAAAAAUUGCUCACAAGCAGCUUACGUCAGAUGCCUCCGCAGUUGAUGCAGUAUCCUGUGCAAGCAUUUAAAGUCAUGCUGGCUGGAUUCAAGCCUGCUUCGUGUAGUCUAGAAGCAGAAAGAAUUCCUUAUUGUCCUGAGUGGAGCAUAGCAGCAUUGUGGGCUGCAAUGGAUCUUUUCCAAGGGAAAAAGCUCUGUGCUUCCUCUCUAACACACUCACCGCAGCAUACUGUAUUUCUUUAUGAAGCUGGACACCUGUUUCAUAUGAAGUUGGUAGAAAUGGGAUUUGCAGAAUUAAGUUAAUAACAGAUUUAAGUUUUCGAUUAAAACCAUGCCUGAAUGGGGAGAAGUUUUCUUGCUUUUUGGGGGUUUUUUUUCUACCAACAUUGUCUGCCAGAGUGUAGAACUUCUUUUCUGUUUAAAAGUUGAAAAAUUGGAAUUUAAAUAUAAUUUAAAUGUUUAAAUAAAAAUAGUUGUGAUGCAUCAGAAAA